GCGAUACGCCGCAAUGCGACUGCUUCAACUUAUCGCUCCAUGACACCCAUCAACCCGUCCUCAAGCUUCCAACAAGCGGUCGGGUGUCGAUCUCAUGUCCGAUGAUGUCGACCUGCAACAGGAAAUCCUCCAGCGGACUCUGCAAGAGGUAGCGCACGACGAAGGCGAGCACGACGCUAACCCGUGCGUGAUCUGUCUCGAACCCAUCUCCGAAGCCGCCAUCGCGGUGCCAUGUCGCCAUGCGAACUUUGACUUUCUGUGCUUGGUGAGCUGGCUGGAACAGCGUCGCAAUUGUCCGCUAUGCAAGAGUGAGAUCACAUCCGUCAAGUACAACCUCGACAACACCAACGGACCCAAGAUCUACCAACUCCCAGCAAGCACAAGCGCCACCACAACCACCUCACACCUACCAAAUCCCUCACACCAUCGUCCACCCCGCCGACCCCGUCGUCCGCGCAGCCCCCGUCCCCAACAACAACAAUCGUCCACCGACCCCCUCCGCCGCCGACAACACAUCUACCGCCACCAACUCUACUCCCUCCGCGUCGGCUCCAACCGUCUCUCCCAAUACCGCGAACUAGCCCCCGAGCGCUUCAACCGCGAAGAAGACCUCGUCUCGCGAGCCCGAAAAUGGAUUCGCCGGGAACUGCAAGUCUUCGAGUUCCUCAACCCAGAGCCAGAGGACCAACGACAAGGCGGGGGAGGGGUUGCGCGCCCCGGUCAGCAGAGACUCGAAAACCGGUGCGGCAAUAACGCAGAGUUUCUGCUCGAGUAUAUCAUUGCUAUCCUACGGACCGUGGAUAUCAAGGGUAGUGCGGGGCAGGCAGAGGAACUGUUACGGGAUUUUCUGGGUAGGGAUAAUGCCCGAUUGUUUUUGCAUGAGUUGCAGGCUUGGUUGAGGAGUCCGUAUGUUUCUCUUGAGGAUUGGGAUCGGAAUGUUCAGUAUGAGGAUACCGUGGGUGGUGGUGCUGGUAGUGGUAAUGCUCGUCCUUCGGACUCGCGGAGGGAGAGGGAGGAGAGUAGGACUGCUACGCCGGUGUAUCGGGGUGAUAGGGGGCCGAGGUUCCCUGGUUCUUCUGGACGGGUGAAUAAGCCAUCGUAUUCUCGGAGAGGGGGGAGGGCGUCUCGGGAUGCUGUGGCUCAGGCGAGACGGGUGCAGUAUGCUCGAGAUCGGUAUGUUCCUGAUUGAGCUGCAAAGCUCGGGGUAUUUGUGUUGUGCAUUAUAAUAGACAUAUAGACUUCUCAAGUUGAUGUAUAGUUCAACUGACAUGGUAUCUCAAC